AUGCUGAUGAAUCAAACCAACCACACGGAGGGGGAUCUGUUCUCCUGCUCCAGUCCCUCGGUGCAGGGCUACCGGUACGUGGCCGUGCUGUGGGGAUGUGCUGUGACCAUCACCGGCACGGCGGGGAACCUCAUGACCAUUGCAGCCUUCGCCCUGGAUUCCCGUCUGAGGACUCGCUUCAACGUGCUUAUCGUCAACCUGGCAGUCGCUGAUCUCCUGUACUGCACCCUAUUGCAGCCAAUCUCCGUUGAUUCGUAUCUCCACCUCCGAUGGCGCAGUGGUCAGCUCUGGUGCAGAGUCUUCGGCUUCCUCCUCUUCCUCUCCAACUCCGUAUCCAUCCUCACCCUCUGCCUGGUGGCCGUCAGCAGAUAUCUCCUGGUUGCAAAGCGAUCUCUGUUUGACCGUGUUUUCUCCAACCGGGGACUUGUCGUGCUCCUGUGCUCAGCAUGGGCCCUGGGGCUGCUCAGCUUUGGCCCCAUGUGGCAGGUGUUUGUGUUCGUGCCUCAGGUGUGCACCUGCAGCUUCCAUCGGACCAGGGGUCGCCCUUACACCACCAUCGUCCUGUUGCUCUACUUUUUUGUGGGGCUGGGUUGUGUCGGGGUUUUCUACCUGCUCAUCUACAGACGAGUCCUGAGCGCAUCGCAGGCUCUGCUCCGCUACAGGUUCAGCCGGCGGUCCUCCAGGAGGAAACCUGCUCUCCCGGCUCAGGGGACCGACGACAGCGGCGUGGAGAGCGGCGCUGCAAAGACCUCCACCUCCGAGGUGAGCUGCCAGGUGGAACCGGUCAAGAUCACCUGUGAAAAUCCACCCGCUCCUAUCCAGAGCGCAGACAAAAACUUGAACUCACCAACAGCUCAGAAGCCCACUCUUGAUGACGUGGUCCCCAAACCUUCUCCAGCCCCUGCCGAUCCCUCCUCCAACUCCGGAGCAUCUUCAGAGGAUGCUGAAAUCAAGCGAGUGACCCGCCUGUGCUUCACCGUUUUCUUGUGUUUUGCAUGCUGCUUCGUCCCCUUUUUGUUGCUUACCAUAGCAGACAGACAGAACCGCGCCCCCCGGAUCCUGCACAUGUUCUGUGCCAACCUCACCUGGCUGAACAGCUGCAUCAACCCCGUGCUGUACGCCGUCAUGAACCGGCAGUUCCGACACGCGUACCGCCGGCUGCUCAGCAGAGCUGCCGCUCCCUUCUCCUGGCUCUGGGCCCGCGGGCUGGCUCGGACAUCCUGA